AAAGACGGCUCUGAUUGAGCUACAGAGCGACCUUGAUUUACUCCAUAGCGUCGCCGCGUCGCUGCAGACUCAAAUGUCGCGUCUUCAGUCAUUUGAGAAUGACUAUAAGACAGCAUUGUCUGCGACACGUCGCAUUCCCCCAGAGAUCACGAUGAAGAUCCUAUGCUGUUCGUCAAAAGAUUUCAGAUUUGACGUCUUCAGAAUCCGAGAAGGGCCAUGGUAUCUUGGUCAAGUUUGCAGCUCGUGGCGACAAGUUAUCGAAACACUUUGUCCGGAGCUAUGGGCCUCCAUAAUAGUGAGGGUUUCGUUCUCCUAUAUGCCUCCGAAAGGCAAAUUGGUGGAGAGGCUCCGCGUCGUCCUUGAACGCUCUUGUAAUCAUCCUCUGGAUUUUCAUUUUAGGUUCUGCGGCACUGAGGUGGAAGAAAGUGACUUUGAAGAAAUGGAGCGGUGUUUUGAUGUCAUGAUCGCUCAUUCAAACCGAUGGAGAGUCGCCGAUAUGAUGAUUACCCCUUCCCUUAUCGAACGCUUACCUCGCAUUCGCGGAAAGAUUGAUUGGCUGAGAGUCAUGUAUCUCAGCUGUGGUUAUGAACCUGGGCCUGGAGACAUCCAUGCCUUCGAAAUUGCCCCCAAACUCGAAGACCUGUAUCUGAGAGGCAUGCACGGAGAGACCAACAUUCAUUUCCCAGCGUCCAAUCUUGUAUCUCUCUCUGACGCAAGAUCAUUUGGCGGGGAUCGGCUGACUCCCGAGUAUCUUCACAUCGUUAAAUCAUCUCCAAAGCUUCGUUCAAUUUCGUACAAUGACCAUGGUUUUCAAAGCCCGAAUAUCAAUUCUGUUUUCCAUCCUCCCGUCAUGUCUCCAUCGGUCGAAGAGCUUUCGGCGUCUUCGCCGAGUUUUAUGCGCAGCCUCGUACUACCUUCGCUGAAAAACGUCAGGCUAACAACCGCUGCGUAUGACGGAGAUCUGACAGAAGAAACGAUGAGUUGCCCUGUGGAUGCGCUUGGUGCACUCCAUGAGCUGCUUUUGCGGUCGCGAUGUUCCCUAUCACGGUUGUCCCUCGUCGAUGUAGUCUUAGACAACAAUCUCGUGAACAUCAUACGGCUCAUGCCCGCCUUGCAGGAUUUCAUCGUCCAAUUCACCGAGUGGGUAGAUGAUUAUGAUCCCAUUAUGCAGUCUCUAGUGACACAAUUAAGUGAGACUAGUAUGGUAGAUGGGUCACUUCAGCACUCCAUGGUCCCUUCUCUGAAAUCAAUCGAUGUUUACAUGCUCCGUGUCCGGUACAAUCACCUCUCUUUCAUCGAUUCCACGUUUGUCGAUAUGGUUGCUUCGCGACUGCGUCUACCAUCCGGCGCACCACGCCUCAUGAAGCUCAAUCUACAUAUAAGUGGGCGGGGAGGGAGCAGUGAUUUUGAUGAGGAGGCUAAGAAUGCCUUGAUGAGUUUGAAAGACGAGGGACUUCAGCUUAAUUACUUUGUGUGUGGAUGAAGGAGAUUGAGAACGAGGUCCAAUCCUGAUGACUGAUAUGACAGAUAUAUUGUCAUUAU